GUCAAGGCGUUAGUCACGCAGAUGUUAGAGCUCAAAGGUGGGGGGGAGUGGUUUAGGCGGCAUUUAAGUGUCGUUGUUGUCUCCACCCUGAUUGCCAGUGUUUCAAAUGGCUAUGCCAAUCAAAAGACCGUCCAUAUGUUCCGCGAUGUGGACCGGAUUACAGACUUGGACUGGUGUGGGUAUCUCCUUCGCUCUUUGGUUGUCGCACAUGGACAUUGGACCCAAGAUAGAACUCGCAAAUUCAUGGGGCCACUACUAUUCUUAAUUCUCCUGUAUGCAGAUAGGGUCGUGGUAGGAGGACGUGACGUGCCCAGAUCAAUCCCCACGUUAAAUGGGUGGACUACGGAGUUACUCAAAGCACGGGAGGCACGAGAGAUUACUGCACAAGGGUUUGGGCAAGGCAUGCUAGAUGAUCCGCCGCAUCCAACUGACUUCCAUGCUCCUUCGGUUGAAGCAUCAUUGACUGGCCAACCAAUACGACUCAACACCGAGCCGGGCACAUUGCAGCCGGGACCUACUCUUGGAACACCACAGGGAUUUGCACAACUCUUCGAAUCCAAAACCGGUGAUCUAGUUUUAGUCGCGACACAAGUGGCUGAUAUGGUGCGCCAAAACCCCAACCAAGCUUAUGAUAUAAACCCACACACAUGAAUUAUUUUUUUGUUUUUAUAGG